AUGUCUCCUGCGAUCAAGGAGGACGAGCGUCGCGCAGACGCAGAGGGGAAUGCUGAACUGCACUUGGAUCGACAAUCCUCGCUCAGUGAGGACCACAGUGAUGCGGGAGCAGAAGGGUUUGCUCCUAUUAAACCGGCCACCACGAGAACAGACAACAACAAGAUCCAACGGUUGCUUUCGAAUGCGUCGUCGCGGGCCAUGGAACGCAGCUGGUCGUUGAAUGACGGGUAUAGUUGCAAUACGGGGGGUGCAGAGGCGGAUGAAGGUGCUGCUGGCGAUGGAGAUCGAGAUGGAGAUCGAGAUGCAAAUGCAGAUGAGUCUUCCGGGUUUAUUGUGCGCUGGGACGAGAAUGACCCGAUGAACCCGCGGAAUUUCAAUACAUUGAGGAGGUGGAUCAUUGUGGUUAUUUGCUCGUUGGGGUCUCUCUGUGUGACCUGCACAUCGUCAAUAUACACUACCACUUAUGGUCAGUUGACGACGGAGUUCAAUUGCUCUCGACUGGUUGCGACGCUGGGGUUGUCUUUCUUCAUCUGGGGUUUAGGAGUUGGUCCGCUCGUUCUUGGGCCUCUGUCAGAGUUCUACGGUCGACGAUAUAUCUACAUCACCUCGUUCUCUUUCUUCUUGAUAUGGCUCAUCCCGUGCGCGGUGGCCCAGAACAUCCAGACCAUGAUUAUCGCCCGGUUCUUCUGUGGACUCGCUGGAAGUGCAUUUCUCAGCGUAGCCGGAGGCACUGUUGGUGAUCUGUUUGAUCGCCACGAGCUGAGUGCUCCGAUGAUGCUAUACACCAGUUCUCCGUUUGUCGGUCCUGAAAUGGGUCCUUUGAUCGGUGGGUUUAUCAAUCAAUAUACUAAUUGGCGCUGGACAUUUUACGUGCUCCUUAUCUGGACAGGUGCUCUGCUUGGUUUGAUCGUUUGCUUCGUGCCCGAGACCUACCAUCCAGUUGUACUGCAACGAAAAGCGCAACAACUACGAAAAGAUACCGGUGACGAUCGAUGGCAAGCGCCGAUUGAAAAGAGACAGCGCUCGGUAGCCCAGACCAUUUUGCGAUCGGUUUAUAGACCUAUCCUUCUGUUAACGAUGGAACCGAUGUGCUUGAACCUUUGCAUCUACUCUGCCAUUCUCCUGGGGAUUCUGUAUCUGUUCUUUGGCGCCUUCCAGCUGGUGUUUAGCAACGUGUACGGCAUGGAGCUCUAUCAACGCGGGCUUGCUUUCCUGGGACUCUUCGUGGGCAUGCUCUUUGCCAUUUUCUCCGAUCCGUUCUGGCGCCGGGUGUACGCUAAGCUCGAAGCCAACCACGAAAACGCUGUUGGCAUCGUGGCUGAUGACUUUCAGCCAGAAUGGCGACUCCCUGCCGCAAUUGCUGGCGGUCCGCUGGUGACGAUCGGACUCUUUAUCUUCGCCUGGUCCAUCUAUCCUCAUGUCCACUGGAUUGUACCGGUCAUUGGCAGUGCUUUCUUUGGCGCGGGGACUAUCCUCGUGUACUCGGGCGUCUUCACCUUUUUAGUGGAUGCAUAUCCCACGUAUGCGGCCAGCGCGUUGGCAGCGAAUAGUUUUGCACGAUCGAGCUUUGGUGGAAUCUUUCCCUUAUUUGGGAUUCAAAUGUACAACAACUUAGGAUACCAUUGGGCAACAUCACUGCUGGCUUUUCUGACACUUGCCAUGGUUCCAUUUCCGUAUUUAUUUUUCCGAUACGGCAGUCGAAUCCGGAAGAGGAGCCGAUUUGCUGCUUAG